GCCUUCUAUGCGGUCAUGCAAAAUCCGUCGAAUCAACCUCUAUCCCUCCCGACAGCCUUCAAGUAUGUUUUUUGCCAUAUGAGCGUCUGUCAACUUCACAAAAGUUCUCUCCUUAACGUUCUCGCCUGUCAACUUCACAAAAGUUCUCUCCUUAACGUUCUCACAUAUUUAAAAAAAUGUUACAAGAAAUCAAAGUGCCAGGAGAAUCAAAUAGCCAUUCGCUUUCCAGAGCUUCCUCUUCCUCUGGAGUCUCAAAUAUUGGCCUCCAUAUUUACUCAACUUUUGCGAGGGAGGGUGAUACAGGUGCUUUCUGCUGGACUUUUCCUACCUGGAAGUGCCGGUUUCAUUGAUCCCUGUGAGCCUAACAACCGGCGAGUGCAUUCCUCCAUCCCUCUGCUUCAGAAGGAUGAAAUAUGCUGUGCUGCUCAAACAAUUUGUCGAAUCAUCGGACAAAAUAAGUACUCUGUUCUCUUUGACGUUCAACGUGGCAACUCACCCCUCAGUCCAGAAACCCUGACCAGUUUGGCGAACAAAUUGCCGGGAUUGGAGGUCCUUUUGUCUGAACCGGUUUAUGUAGAACCGCCUUCGACUUCCGUCGAAGAUUCGUCCAGGCUGGAGACUGACGAGGACGGUAUAAGUGAAAUCGAGGCCAUGGAAAACCACGAGGCUGCUGUCUAG